ACCCGUGUGCCAGCAAGGAUUGUGGGGAAGCUACGUGCACUAUUGAUGUGGGUGACACGCCCGUGUGCGUGUGCAAGGAUGGUUAUAACUUCGACUCUGAGCACAAGAUGUGUGUGCUGGACCCGUGCACCGGCGUGGAGUGUGGGUUACAGGCUCACUGCUUUGCUCUCACUUACACUGAAUCGGUGUGCGAUUGCAACAAGCAAGGGUUCUACUUCAACGAGGCUGACAAGACGUGCUUUGCCCCGUUGGUGCGGACGACAGUGGGAGUGCAGGCAAGUGGCAACAGCUUCGCGGGCCAGAGGGACGCCACCUUCCUGACGGCGCUGCCGGCAGAGCAGGCCAGUGGCACCAGCGCGUGCGGCAACCUGUACACCGUGCUCAAGGGCACCACCAACAUAACCGUCAUGUGGAACACCAAGCGCGCCGCGCCUGACAGCCUUGCGCUUGGCAAAGCCAUGUGCAAGAGCGUGUCGUUCUACGCCGACUGGGACUGCAAGGAGAAGCUGGACUUCACAAUCGCACGUCCUGCGAAGAAGGGCAGUUCCUACCCCGUGACGAAAAAGACUGUCAAUGGAAUUGCUUCGCUGCUAUCAGUUGGCUGCGAGAUCACCAUGUGUGAGAACGAUUGUGGAACUGCACAGUGCGUUGUGAAGGAGGGUAAGCCGCAGUGCCAGUGCCCCGAGGGCCUCGUGUUCAACGCCGCUAAGAAACUCUGCCGCGACCCGUCUCUUGCUCCUCGUC